ACCACGCCUUGCUCUAAGUCCCUCCCUCCGCAGGCGUUGCCCCCCUAUCGCUGCGUCAUUGGGUCGGUGUCGUGCUCGGUUGUUCGGUGACAGGGGAAGGACGGAGAGACGCACGUAUAUUGAUUAACUGCAAAAUGGCAGAGACCACCGGAUAUCAGUCUACCCAUAUAUCUUCGUCUGUUGGAGAGAAGGGAGGCUGCUGUGCAGUUUGGGACCUACUGUACUGGAGAGAUGUAAAGAAGUCUGGCAUGGUGUUUGGGUUGACAAUGGUGCUGCUCCUGUCCCUAGCAGCCUUCAGCAUUAUCAGUGUCAUCUCCUAUCUCAUCCUGUCCCUGUUGACUGUUACCAUCAGCUAUCGUAUCUACAAGUCCGUGAUGCAAGCCGUCCAGAAGUCUGAUGAAGGGCAUCCUUUCAAGUCUUUGCUGGAAAAGGAUAUCACUCUGUCAUCUGAUGGCUUCCAGAAGAAGAUUAAUGCAUCUCUUGUUCACAUUAAUAAUGCCCUAAAAUAUCUAAUGCGCUUAUUUCUUGUGGAGGACCUCAUAGAUUCACUCAAGCUUGCCCUUCUUAUGUGGCUGAUGACCUACGUAGGAGCUGUAUUUAAUGGGAUCACGCUACUCAUCCUUGGGGUGCUGGUUGCUUUUACUGCCCCCAUAGUCUAUGAGAAAUACAAGGUUCAAAUUGACCAUUAUGUAUCGCUGGUCCAUAACCAAGUGAAAUCCAUAACAGAAAAGAUUCAGGCCAAGCUCCCAGGAGCAUUGAAGAAGAAGGCAGAAUAAAGAAGCAAGAUUACGGGGGGAGGGUUGGGAGGGUCAUAACAGUGUAAACACUGGCUAUGUUGUACCUUGUUACUACUUGCUAAAGUGGCUGCCUUUAUGUAGCGGACAGGAUUUUUUUGUAUACAUAUGAUUGUAUACAUGUGUACGCAGUUUCCCUCUCGGAGAAAAAGAACGUGAUGUUUGCACCUGAGUCAUGCACAGUAAGAAGGUGUUCCUGCUUCUAUAAACACUGGAUAAACGAGAGGGACCCUGCAACACAUAGCUCUUUCCUGCAUCUGUCACUGUAACACUCAGCUCUCACACCAAAA